AAAAGUAAAAUUUACAACGGAAACAAUUUAAUUUAUCCGAUUAGAAGAAAUCGUUUUCCGCUUAGCGAAUCCCACAAAAAAUAUGUAGUUGGCAACGCGAAGUUGGCAAUCAGCUGUUCUCUUGGCCAAUUGUUUACAUUUCAUUUACCUUUUUGUUUAUAAAGAUUUUGUAUAACGCGUAAAAAUACCAAAAUACAAGCUAAUGGGUUGCAAAGCACGAUUCCAGUUCCAGUGCUGCGCGUGAGCAUAUGGAAACGCUUCCAACAAACGCGUCAGCAACAGAGCAAUUUAGUGUUUGCAUUACCUAUGCAAAUCAAACACAAAAUGCUGUCCAAUAUCAUCGAAAAAAUCUUUAAACCAAAGAAAAGUAAUUUCAAUGAAGAAGCACUGAAUCAGAUUUGGCCUCCUAAGGGCACAGGUUUGUCAAUCACCGAAUUUGGCAAAGAAUUAUUGCAGAAAUGUACUAUAGUACCAAAACCUGACGCGAGUGAAGUGAAGAUAGCAGAUUUCAUUGAGCAAUCGUUACGUUUUCCAUUGAAGUUUGGCAGGGAUACAUGCCGCGUAAUGAGUCAGCCAAAAGAACGCUAUCCAGAAAUUGAAAAACAAAUCGUCUCUGCAUAUCCGGUAAUCCAUGAACGUGUUUUGGGCUUAUAUUUGGCUUUCUUGGAACACAAAUGCAAAUAUGGAAACGAUUUAGAACGUGUCAUUUAUAAUGACAUGACCGUUACUGGACUCGUUCAGAGAUUACUCGAAAAACGCUGUGCUGCUUUUGUGGGUCCGCUCGAUGACUAUGUGUUACUUAAGGGCAGAAAAACUAUGGCAAAUUUUUUCGAUGUAGGCACAGCCGAUGAGAAAGCACCAUUGGUGUUAAAAGAUGUGCUGAGUUAUGAUGAGAUCAAGCUCUCUGCCUUUCUUUCGGUUUCAUCACACACCGAGUUUCUCAAUAACGGCAGACGCUUCAACUGUGGUAUCAUAGAAGUGGAUAAAUCAAAAAUUGAGAUCGAAGGUGUUAUAAUCGGUAUAAUUGGUGGCCGCUUCGAAGCGGAGGAUGUAAUGGAGUGGCAGGAUAUUAUGAUCACUUCAAUGCAAAACACAAAGGAGCGAGGCUAUGGUUUUACCGCGAAAACAGCAAAGAAGGUAAAGAAACGCUCUGUUGACUAUCGUCAAUUGUGGACGCGCUUUUAUGAACAGCAAGAUCUAAUCUAUGAUAAAGUGGAAAAUGUUGUUUCACCACGUUUCUAUAAAGAUCCACAAACGCGUAACAUUUUCGACAAUUUGAUAAUGAAGAAGCGGUAUUCCAUCACUUUUGAUACAUUAUUACUAGAAGCGAAUGCACGCGGCGCUGCUGCCGCCAAGCAAGUGUACUUGCAUGUUGUUGGUAUUGGAUUGGGCGCUUGGCGUGUGGUACAGCACCAAGACAAAAUAUUUUUAAAAACAUUUAGCGAGCGCUUGCAAGUGCUUUUGCCGUGUUUGGCGAAUAUUUCAGUGGUGCACUUCUCGAAUUUUAGAUCUUCUGCUGCGAAGAAUCACAUAAGCGACGGUGCAGUGCUUGGAUCGGAAACACAGCCUAGCGUCAGUAUUAAGACUUUUCUACACGAGCGUUAUCCGGCGGAAAAAUUGCCAUCAGAGUACGAAAAUAUGCUAAUCGUGGAAUCGUACGCCGGGGAUGGUAAUGCAUUGCCGGGCAAUGAAUUUUGGAAGGGCUGGCUUACGAGCUCUGGGGAUCCUGCUGCCGCUUGCAGCACACUUAUUUCGGAGCUUCAUAACCCGCAUAUUAACACAAAAAUGGUGAAUGGCGAAAAUUUGCAUAUAGCUUCGGAUCGCUUCGGUGUUUUACACAUUGCCGAAUACUGCAAAGAAAUUUUGCAUUAGAAAAUUAACUGCAUACAAAAAUUAUUGGAUUUUUUAUAUCUCGCACCUUUUUUAUAGUAGACUUAAA